CUCUUACAAGCUCUUGGAUUCCUAAGGAGGUAAGAUUAUCAAUAGGUGUUCUUCUUAGACUCUCUAGAAUUACUCAUCUGUACCCACAAGUGGCUUCAUUUUAUUUCAUUGUUAAGGGAAUCUUCUCUUAUGCCACCAUGUUGUUGCAGGUUGGAAGUGGGAUGUUUAUUCUGCAUUUUGGCAAAUAAAAGGGGAUCUUUUUCAAAGGGGAGUGAUCAUUUGAGAGGAGGGACUGAUUUCAGGAUUUUAUGUGCUUUGAUCUCAUUCAACUUUCCAUAUGAAUCCACAGACAGAAUGUCAUCCAUGCUGACUUGAAACCAGAGAACAUUCUUUUUGAAGAAGGUGAAGUGGGGUGUUUGCAACAAAUUGUCAAAAACAACCUUUUUUACAUUGCUGACAGCCAACCUCCAUUGAGAGAUCUGGUUGUUAAUACACUGUAAUAAAACAACUUUUUGUACACUUAACAGUUUUAGUCACAGACCUGAAGGUGAACAGUGGUGGAUAUUUACCUCACUGCUUCGCAGCUUGGUGAAUAUCCACCACUUUCACUGACACUGACAGAAGUGAAUAAAUUUGUUAGUAUAUACCACAUAGAUACCAAAAAAUUAGUCUCUUUCUUUCAAUAUACCAAAAACUGGUCAGAUAUCAAACUCUUACAAUGUGAUUUUGUCUCACAGGCUGCAUGGAGGUGAAUAGUACUUAGUAUUCACUGAAUGGAACCAGCCAAUCAGCACAUGCAAAAAGCACUAUUUACUUGUUUGGUGUGUACUAAAAUUGUUUAUUAUAUUAACACACUGUAGGUGACGAAACCAAGAUAAAAGUUGUUGACUUUGGAAAUGCAAUUCACUGGGUUCAUAGAGAGGUACAUGUAAUUUCUAUUAUUUGGUGAUUUUAGUGACUUAAUUUUAAAUGUGAGCAGCUAGAUGCAUCAGAAUUGUUGUACUGCAGACUUUAUGAACCCUUUACACCCCAACAUCAAUAUGCAUAUUCUCUAUACUGCCAUCUAUGCCAUUUUGAUCACCAUGACAAGUGAAAAUAUAUUUGGUGACUUUUGCCAACAUUUUAGUCGUUUUAACAUUUUAGUUAAUUGGUGACUAACAGAUAAGAAAAAAGAGGCAGCCAAAAAUGUUUAAAUGGCGACCAUUUUAAAUUUGAAGGUUGCCAAAAGGCAACUCUUUGGAAAAAUGAGCUUGGAGCUCUGUCAGCCAUCAUUAGUAAUGACAUAUGAUAAUUAUUCAAAAUAUUUAAUUUAAUUCUUAUUUUCUUCUGUUUAAUUCUGUCAGGUUUCCUUGUAUUAUGAUGAGUUUGAACUACAAACUUUACUUUACAGAGCUCCUGAGGUAAAGUAAAGAUAUUGCUGUUUUCAUGAAUUUGGAGACAAAAUUAAUUUUACAUGUAGGUUACAUGCAUGCAACUCCAGUGUUUUCCUAAUCAAUCCAAGGGAAAUAAAGCAAGAUUAAACUAGUUUAUUUGGACUUGCAUGAACUGAAGUACUCUAUGAAAGAUGAUCAGUGAAGUUCUGCAGUUUUGUGUUUCAUAAAACAACUUAAUGUGGUUGGCCUGUUGCAGAUGGAAAAUUCUGUUCUGUGGUGACUAUCAUCUCAAGCAAUGUAUCAGAAAACAUAUUUCAAUUCACACAAUAAUUUUACCAUGACUGUAUGUCAGGUGCAAAUAGAUGGGAGAUGUACAUAUUAGGGCUGUUUUUAAGUGUUUGUUGGACACUUGAAUUUUAAAGUUCCAUCUGUGGAAGAAGGUCCCACUAAAUGUUGUUUAAUGCAAUGAGGUACAGUGUCCUCCACUUAAUAAUGUUGAUGGCAGUCAGUUGAAACUGAAAGCACUGUGUCAAUUAUUUCCAGGUGAUGUUUGGUGUUCCCUUUGGCCCUGAGAUUGACAUUUGGUCUUUGGGAUGCAUUGUAGCUGAGGUUGGUUAA